AUGGCAAAUCACUACCCAGUCGCGCUUGAAACACAGUCCGCACCUUUCACUGACCAUAUCACGAUGUUUGUUGUUGUAUAUUCCGUGGAUAGCCGCGAAUCAUUUAAAAAGGCUACUAAUCUCUUGUACAGGAUCUAUCAAACAAGGACCUCAUCAAUCGUUCCAGUAGUGUUGGUUGGGAACAAAAUCGAUUUGAAACGUAAUAUCGUUAUUUCUACUCUGGAAGGCAAAUCUCUGGCGAAAAUCUACAAAUGCAGUUUCGUCGAGGUAUCAGCUCUACUCUCUAUGAAUAUCGACAGCAUGUGGGCAGAAGUAAUCAAACAACUUCAGGUUCCCACAGAAUACAAACCCUCAGACCAAUCGUGGAUGCGAAAACUUCUCCUUCGAGGUCGACAUUUAGCAAAAUCAUGUGAAGAACUUGUACAACGGAUCAUGGCCUAA